AUGGGCAACCGCUCUGGUUUGGGGAGCAUUUGCGCAGAGCGCACCUCGCUGCUCCGUCCCGAAAAUGCCGAUAACUCCUCCCAAGAACAAGGCUCGCCAUCUUCGCCAUCAGAUGAACGAGUCAUUCUGGUGCAAGACAUCUCCUUCACUCGACUGGCCCUGAUCAUGGGAACGGUCUGGAUCGGCGUGUUCCUCAUGGCGCUCGAUGCAACCAUUGUCGCGACCCUUUCCGCUCCGAUUUCAAGCGACUUCAAGUCGCUGAGCAUGCUCUCAUGGCUCGCCACUGCGUACCUCAUUUCGAGCGCUGCUGUCUUGCCCAUCGCUGGGCGACUCACCGACGUCUUCGGCCGCGCGCCAGGCCUGGUGCUCAGCAACAUUGUUUUCGCCUCGGGCAAUCUGAUCUGCGGUACUGCCACGGAUAAAUAUACCAUGUUUCUUGGUCGAUCAAUUGCUGGUUUUGGAGGCGGUGGCCUGCGAAGCAUACAGAACUUCUUGGCUUCGGACUUGGUGCCUCUGCGCCAACGAGGCCUCACGCAAGGUAUUGCCAACCUCUGCUACGGCUGCGGUGCAAUGCUUGGAGGCGUCAUAGGAGGAUAUAUCAAUGAUAAUUCCGUCUUAAGAUGGAGAAUGGCGUUUCUCGUCCAAGUUCCGGUUUCGCUCUUCUCUGCGGUGGCCGUGUUCAUUCUUGUCAAGGUUCCUCCGAAGCAAUCGGAGAAGUCAUACUUGUCUCGCAUUGACUUUAUCGGCGUGUUCUUGAGUUGCUCUUUCACAGUGCUCAUGCUUUUGGGCUUAAACUCGGGUGGCAACCUGGUGUCAUGGACACAUCCUCUUCCACUUGUUACCAUGCCCGUUUCAGUCUUAUUAUUUGUUGCCUUCAUUUGGUGGGAGACUAAAGCUGUGCAACUAAUCAUGCCUGUCAUGGUUUUGCUCAAUCGCACAAUUCUCUCUGCCGCGUCCACCAAUUUCUUCACAGACAUGGUCAUCAUGUCCUCUUUAUUUUAUGUGCCUUUGUUUCUGCAGGUCAUGGGCUACUCUGCUACAAGUGCUGGUCGCAUGAUCUUGCCUUCACCUAUCGGCGACUCUGUCAGUGCACUUUUAGCGGGUUACGUCAUGAGGCGUACAGGAAAGUAUAUCGGGCUCUGUAUUCCCGGUAUGGCCCUUUUGGUGGCUGCGGCAGUGCUGUUUUCUCUACAGACAAACGACAGUCCAGCUUGGUACAGCAGCGUGGGAUUUCUGUGCCUAGGAAGCAGCUAUGGAAUCAUGCUCACGACCACGCAAGUAGCCUGUGUCGCUGCUGUCGACCAUUCGCAGCAAGCAGUCGUCAGUUCAGCUAUAUUCUUUUUCCGGAGUCUGGGAAGCACUUUGGGUGUUACCAUGGCUUCAGUCAUCUACCAAAAUACUCUCCAGAACUCGCUGUGGUCGCGUUUCGGAGACUGGCCCGGCGCAGCCGAAGAAAUAGAACGAAUCAGAAGCAAUUUGGAGGAGCUAGGGCGUCUCCCGGAUGGGUGGUAUGAGGGAGUCAUACAGUCGUUUGAGGAGGCUUUCCGCGGGGUGUGGCGUAUGCUGCUCACGCUGGCAAUCUUAGCAUUCUUUUGCAUCUUGCCAAUGAAGCAGCACACGCUUCAUUUCCGUCUAAGCAGAGACUGA